GACAGAAGUCACGUAUGUGUAUUCUUCAACACCCACACACAUUUGUGUAUAUUUGAUGAAAAUAACCAUAAUUACAAGUUGAAAACAAAUUAAAAAUAAAAAGUGAAAAGGGAAACUCUCUCUCUGUAUAUAAGUAUAAAUCAGAGAAAGUUCUGAUUUUGUUUCUCUUCUUGUUACAAAUCUCUCGAUCUCUCCAUAUCUUUCUCUCUCUCUUUCAUUUCACGUUGGAGAUCUCGAACAGGUUUUUGUGGUGAUGAUUUUGUGCUUUAAAUUGGAAGUGAAUGGAGGGGAAAGUCUAUUUUGUCUUGAGAGAAUGAAAUAGGGUUUUAAAUAUGGAUAAUUUUUUGGUGUUGCAGAUUAAUGUAUUUCAAAUAAGUUUACCUAGAUAGUGAUUGGAAGAGAAAUGCCUUUUCUUGUUAUGGUUAAUUUGUUUUUUUUUUAAUUGAGAAAACAAACAAAAACUGAGUAGAAGGGAAUUCUUGGGAUUACUGGAUGGGGAAUAAGCUGGGGAGAAGGAGACAAGUGGUGGAUGAGAGGUAUACAAGACCACAAGGUCUCUAUGUUCAUAAAGAUGUGGACCAUAAAAAGCUGAGAAAGCUCAUUCUCGAAUCCAAGCUUGCCCCUUGUUUUCCAGGGGAUGAAGACAGCUGUAAUGAUCAUGAGGAAUGCCCAAUCUGUUUCUUGUAUUAUCCGAGUCUCAACCGAUCAAGAUGUUGCAUGAAGGGCAUUUGUACAGAGUGUUUUCUGCAGAUGAAGAAUCCUAAUUCAACUCGUCCUACCCAAUGUCCAUUUUGCAAAACCUCAAAUUAUGCUGUGGAGUAUCGAGGUGUGAAAACAAAGGAGGAAAAGGGUUUGGAGCAGAUUGAAGAACAGCGUGUUAUAGAAGCGAAAAUUAGGAUGCGACGGCAGGAGCUUCAGGAUGAAGAAGAGAGAAUGCAGAAAAGACUAGAUGUGAGUUCGUCAAGUGCUAAUAUUGAACCAGGGGAGCUUGAAUGUGGGCCAACAACUGUUCCAUCCGAUACGACUCCCGUGGAAAGUGGGGAAAUCGUUUCGUCUCAAUACUCAAUCAGACGUCCUCCACAUGCUGGAGCGAACAGGGAUGAUGAAUUUGACCUGGAUCUCGAGGAUAUUAUGGUUAUGGAAGCAAUCUGGCUUUCCAUUCAGGAAAAUGGAAGACAGAAAAAUCCACUUUGUGGUGAUGUUGCACCUCCUGCACAAUAUACCAUGGAAGCACGCUAUGUGACUCCAGCGAUGGCACCACCACUGGCUGGAUCUUCAUCAUCCCCUUCUGGAGGUCUUGCUUGUGCUAUAGCUGCUCUCGCUGAGCGUCAGCAGACUGGUGGGGAAUCAAUUGUUCACAGUAGUGGAAAUAUGCCAUCAUUCAACAUGCUUCCAAGCACUAGUAGCUUUUACAACAGGCUUGAGCAGGAUGCAGACAAUUACUCGCCUGCACAGAGCUCUAGCAAUGUAUUGCCAGACUGCAGGAUGAUUGUGACAAGAGAUGAUGGGGAAUGGGGUGCAGAUCGUGGAUCAGAUGCUGCUGAAGCUGGGACCAGUUAUGCAAGUUCUGAGACUGCAGAAGAUGCUGGUGGAAUUUCUUCCCUGUUACCUCCACCACCGCCUACAGAUGAAAUUGGAGGAAGCUUUCAGAAUGUCUCUGGACCCAUCCCAGAGAGUUUUGAGGAGCAGAUGAUGCUGGCCAUGGCUGUUUCCCUUGCUGAGGCUCGAGCUAUGACUAGUGGGCCCCAAAGUGCAUGGCAAUAGAUUUCAGGUAUAGGCGAAAAAAAGUUCAAACAAAUGAUGCUGGCUAAGGCUUUGCAGCUAGCUCAGUACUGAGCUAGGUCCAGUGCACAAUGUGUGCCUGCAACUGGCUAAAUGGUCCAGGUAGCGAAGAUUCUCUCCUUUGCACUUCAUAUCACUACAUAUAGUUGUUAAAAGGAAAAGGUAUUAUUUUAGUGAAUGAAAGGUUGUUUGAUAAUGGUACAACAUAACGAUUUGAAGUCUCUUGGUCGUUUCUUUUCAUGGUUCUAUAUCAUUUCUUAGCUUGUUCAGGAUUCGCAGGGUAGCAAAAUCAGUUAAUGAUGGAAUCAUCACAUUCACUUGUACAGAAUUUUAGGUGGCAUCCAUCUUUUCUGUAACGGUUUCAUUCUUCCACAAUUAAUGAAUAGAUGCGCUUGCUCAA